AUGCAAUUCGCCACCGCAGUCCUCACAGACCCCUCGAUUCCAGUCUCGGCUCGACAGAACGCUUUAAAUCGGAUAUUCUCCGAUCCUGGCGUUCCCUCAUCGUCCACAACCUCAUCAUUCUGGCUGCAGGAUCCUAGAGUAUUUGAACGAAGCUCUUCGCCUCUCCCCGAGGAAGUGGACGUUGUGAUUAUUGGAUCUGGUAUUACAGGUGCAUCUAUUGCACGGUCCAUGCUCGAAAAUGGCACAUCACCAUCAAUCCUCAUGCUCGAAGCACGAAGUAUCUGCAGCGGUGCUACAGGCCGCAACGGUGGUCACAUUCUGGAGACAGCAGAUGAAUACGCCGAGUUUGCUGAUAUGUUCGGAGUCGAAGAAGCAAAGAAACUCAUGCGAUUCAGACUUGGGCAUCUAAGUGAAAUGUUGGCUGUGGCUAAAGAGCUGGGCAUUGCCGAGGAAUCACAGGCCCGCAAGGUUCAAUUCUUGAGCGUCUAUUUUGGCGAAGAGCCUUGGAAGUAUGCCCUUGAGCGCCUUCGUCGCUUCAAAGCGGACAUGCCAGAGGAAGCUGCUGAGUGGAUUUCAUUUGAAGGCGAAGAAAUUCCCAAGGAUUUCCAUCUUAGUCGCGCACGGGGAAUUGUGGCCGGCCCCGCUGGUGCAUUGUGGCCUUACAAGUUCGUGACUGGCGUCCUAGAACAUUUGCUUGAAAAAUAUCCAGAAAACUUCCGCAUCGAAGAGCAAACUUCAGUGGAAGAAAUCGAAACCACAUCCACAUUUUACAAAGUGAAAACAAGUCGCGGCACUGUCAACGCCCGACAUGUAAUUCACUGCACGAACGCACAUGUUAGCCACCUCGUCCCAGGCCUACGAGGCCGCAUUUUCCCAGUCCGUGGUCAAAUGUCCGCUCAAACCCCGGGACGGUCAUUUCCUAGUCAGGGAAACGACCAUUCCUGGAUCUUCAAUUACGACCGCGGCUUUGACUACCUUACGCAGCUCCCUGGUGGACAAAUGAUGCUCGGUGGUGGGUUUGCGCAGGGUGAGCACGGCGGACUGGAAGAAUUAGGCAUCCCAACGGACUCGGAGAUGAGUAUGUAUAUUGACAUUCAUCUUUCUGGGGCACUGCCCGCUAUCUUUGGGCGCAAGGAUUGGGGUGGUGUCUCGGGUGAGCCUGUGCAGGCUAUGUGGACGGGGAAUAUGGCGUUUAGCUCUGAUGGGUUUCCCUGGGUGGGAAGGUUGCCUGAGUCUGCGACAGGACGGCCUGAAGUUGGCCGGGGUGGUGAGUGGGUUUGUGCGGCCUUUGGUGGAGAGGGGAUGGUUCAGGCUUGGUUUAGUGGUCGAGCUUUGGCGAGUAUGCUGCUUGCUGGAGAUAAGGUGCUGGGUCAGGGGGUUGAUACUGAUCUUGAGUGGUUCCCGAGGCAGUUGCUUUCGUCGAAGGAGAGGUUUGAUACCACAGGGCUGCCACGGGAGAUCAUUGAUACCUCUCAUCGGGCCAGCCUAUAG